AUGUCGAGCUAUAGUCAAUCUCAGGAAUUUGAUAACAUUUCCCUGGAAGAGCUAGAAUUAGAAAAAGAAAACGAAUCAGAUCUUGAACCAAUAGAAUCUACCAGGAGUGAUACAAAAUUAGCUCCUGGAGGUUAUGGAGGAGAAUCCAGCCGAAGGAACUUUUUCAGGGGAAGUUAUCAUUCUCCUAGUAGACCAAUAUCUGCUAUAGCUGAAAGUGCCAGACAAAUUAUCAAUGGUAGUCACGAAGGAAGUAGGGAAGAUUUGCCGCAUGGUAACAGAGGGGUAUCUGCUGAUCGUCUUGAACCUGGCACCAGGGGCCACAGAGCUUAUCUGAGGUCAGAAGAAUCAGGAUAUGACAUGAAGUCACAUUCACAUUCUCGUGAGAGAAGUUUGAACAACGCCGAUACGAUUUCAUUCCAAAGGUCCAAAUCAUUAGUAGAUUCCACAGACCUUGAACUGAUUCGAGCUAACCUGGAUGAUGCAAUAGGUACAAACGGUGUGGGUUCUUGGUUAGCAUCUGGUGAAAGCGAUAAAGAUGAAGAUUCUGCGCAGACCAGAUAUUUUCACAACAGAAAGAGUACAUAUAGUAGGUCACCAUCAACGGGGAGAUCCCCUUCCUCUAGCCACCGAAGAAAUCUCUCAUAUGAGCGGGGCCGCACAGGUAGGAUACCUAAUGACUUGGUAACUUCUUAUCAUGCCAGAAAUAGGUCUAAUUCUUCUGAUAGAUCUGUAUCACCAAGUAACAUCCAGUAUCUGCGAGAUGGAUCAAGAGUUAGUGAAACCUCUCGGAUAGAAGAGGGAGUACUGCGGGAUGAUAUUCCGCUAGCCUCGGGGUCUCAGUUUCUCACUGUUCCAGGCAAAGUAGCUGGUAGUGGAGUGGAUGGCACGGACACUCCGUUAAAUCAUAAUGAAAGAUUCAGCAAACCUGGAUCAGUCUCUCUGGAUGUACCAAAUCUUCCACUUGCGGAUACAAAUAUGAGGGACGAUGAGACAAAUACUGGCCAACGAUUGUCAGCACUAAUGCGGCGAGUUUCUGCGAGAGUAAUAUCGGCCGCCCCAGAAUCUGAGCCUGAGGAAGAAGACGAAGAAGGAGAAGAUGAAUCAUAUUUUUAUCCACCCAAUAGCAUCUUGAUCGAUUCUAAUUCAACGCUGCCUGACACUGCACAUUCAUCGCUUGCGGAAGACAUAGGAGGCUUCUCACCACCGCUAGACGCUUUGAAUCCUGCUAUAAGUGCUGUUACCGAAGAUGGCCUGGUGCACAAUGUGUCAAAUGCACGUCGUCGUGUAGAUGACCUACCUCUUAACCUCUCCGGUACAUCGCUUAAAUUAUUUGGACCAGGUUCAAAGAUAAGACUCCGACUUUAUUAUUUAUUGAAACGUCCCUGGGUUGAUCCCUGCAUUUUCAUCGUUAUCAUUUUGCAUACUGCCUUCCUAACUUAUCAAACAUGGGGCAAUAUUUUCGACCAACAUCCAGAUGGUCAACUAUUUCUACCCUGGGGCCAUUCAUGGCUAGAUUUUGCAUUUUUAUUCAUUUUUCUUGUAUAUAGCGUCGAGGUUGUUUCUAAAAUCAUUGUCCAGGGGUUUUUGGAUGACUCAGAACAAUUCGACGAGAACGCAGGAGAUAGCACAUUGUUUGCAAGAACAUUUAAUGUGUUUGCAUUUAAAAGACAACCUGCAGGGGAUUCACAACGCAAGGGUAUGAACAGAAUUGCGCGACCCUACUCUGCUAAACGGACGCAAACUGUUAUUAAGAGUUUUUCUAAUCUCAUGAGAUCGCAGGCUGUUCAAGAAGAGGAAGAACCUCAAGAGAGGACUGUAGUUAUGCGAGCAUUUCUUCGCGGGAGCUGGAAUAGAGUAGACUUUAUUUGUGUGAUUGCAUACUGGAUAUCCUUCAUAUUACAGGUUUCAGGGGUUGAGCAGAAGCAUCAGUUUUUUGUGUUUCGUGCGAUCAGCAGCUUGAGAAUUUUACGCCUGCUUGGCUUAACGCGAGGUACAUCGGCAGUCCUUCAGGGAAUGAAAAAGUCCGCUCCACUAUUGGCAAAUGUCGUGGUUUUCAUCGGAUUCUUUUGGUAA